UAUAUGAAAUUAUUCAGUCGCAGAAAUCGUGUCCUCCCGUUUUUAAGGGACUCAAUAAUUUCAUAUAAGACAGCCAUCAGCAACUAAUAUUUUAAAUUUAGUAGUUUAGUGAUGAGGUUGAUAAUUUGGCCCGAAUAUUAUUAGGUUUUUAACUGAUAAUAGGAAGAAAGCAAAUUGAGUCACCCGAACAGACUGGUCAUCCCCAUAUAUAUAUAGAUCAAAAAGAUUCUCCUUUAAUUUUGCAUUUCGGCACCUGACAAAAUUUCUCAAAACUAUUUCAUUUAGUUUAUUUUCAAUUUUUUUCUUCACUAGCAUUAAUGCUAAUAAAAAUUGAAAUAGCGAUUUUUUUGUAGAAAAUUUUAUUAAAUUUGAUUUUAGGCAUCGAAGAACAUUCUCCUAAUGCUUAUGAACUUGAUACAACUAAUUUAUCAUUAUGACAUGAAAAUGUUGAACAAUAAGCUGAAGCUGUCAUUUAUGCUUUUCUAAAAGUAAACAUAUGUUUUUUUGCUAUAUUCAUAUGUUUAAAAGUAUAAUUAUAUGUUAGAAUGCGAAAAUUCCAUUUGAUCUUCUUCCAAAAACACCAAUAGAUGAACGUAUUUAUGAACAAAAUACAUGUUUAGCAUGUCAACAUGUAUUUCAUAUGAAAUCACGAUGGCUUGAAUUAUUCCGUAUGGUGAACAAGAGAAGCAAUCUUGUCGAAAGACGUCUCUAUGAAUAUACAUUGCAUGCUGUUUGUUCUCCAUUACAUGUCAUUGAGCCUGGAGCAACAAGUGAUCAACUUGCUGCACACGUUGCUGAACUUUUUAAUGUUGAUCCUGAAGAACAUGGACAAAAAUAUAUGCGAGCUCUUAAGCUGGAAGUAAAACUAUUUUUUGCUUUUUUUUUUGUUUUUCAAAACCAAA